CUCUUUUAUUUAUCGCCUUCGCUUUGAUUGUCAUGGUCAAGCUUUUCCACCCGUCGUCCGAUAUUUUGUGAAUUAUUGUGUUUCCUUUUUCCUUGAAAAUUGAGUUUGAUUCUCCGAAGAUCGGCCCUAUUUUGUAAACAAUCGAUUACUCAGAAGAUCCGAAGUAAAACAACAAAUAUGGCGAAGCGAUCAGGUCCCGCUAGAAGAAGAGACGACGAAUCGUUACUAACUCGGGCUGUUGACUCAGUGUUUACGUUCAUUCGAUUUGCGGAGUUUGAGAUCCUAUUCGUUCUCUUCUUUGUCAUCGCUUUCAUCAUCUUCAAAGAUUUGACAUCAAGACCAGAAUAUAAUCAGAUCCUUGUGAAGAAGCCUGGAGGACCAGAUUGGUGGUUGUCUUAGAUAAUGAAGGGAAGAAAAGCCUGCUGACGUGUAGUAUUUGAAGGCCAUGUAAAGCAUUUUCAUAAGUGUUGUGAUUUUCAUGGAUUUUGUUAAAUGUUUUUGAAUUUUCAUUUAUAUUAAAAAAAAAAAGUUAAAGAAUAGUUGAACAAGUCAGAAGA